ACAACACAUACGGAAACACACAGUCAGAAGUACUAUACUGAUCCGUAAUAUAUAUAUUCUUUUAUAUACAACCAUGUUCAAGUCAGCUGGACUAAUGCGAACGGCCGCACGUGCCAUGCCUAUGCGCAGUGCUGGAAGUAUCAAAGAUGCCGGAGGUGCUUUUGCCAAGAAGGGAGCCGCCCAGGAGGGAAAAUACAUGGCUGACGACAACGCUGAGAAAAUCAGGCUACUGAAGGAGGAGAUCCGAAAGCACCCCGAGGAUCACCCCGUCGCCGUAGCGCUACAGAAGGCCGUUAAGGACGCUGAGAAGAAAUAAGCUGCACACACAAUGCACAUGCGUACUCAGACCUAUUCCCAUGCGUGUCUGAGCAAACGCGUGUGUCGUGGGGCUACUACAGCAGCUCACACAUACACCCGUUGCUUGGCUUUGUUCUUGGGGAGUGUGUAUUGUGCGUGGAACUGCGGGGGUUGUCGCUGGUAGAGGGAGGGCCUGUAUUGCACGGAUUGGCUUCCUUGUUCUCAUGUUGUUCGCCGAUGAGUAGGACUAACAAAAUAAAUAAACAGCAAUUGAAGCAUCACUUCGGAUAGGGCAGGUGCGGUCCUAUAUGAUUUGAAGAUGGG